CACCAAAGAUAAUGUCAUAUUUAUUUUGCAGCAAGAUGUACAACAAAAGACGUGAUAAAUUGUGGAGCUUCCAGUUGUCAGUCACUUUGCCACUGAAGCGCCAUAAAAAUAUUCGAAAACGAACAACACAGAAGUGCGCAAAAAAUGCCUCUAGAAAUCGACCAUGCCAUCGCUCAGAUGACGUGAUGUGGUCGUCAGUCAGCCGGUAGAUUUGAGCGAGUGAAGGUCAUUGUAGCAAUUGUUCGGUCGAAAAAUUCUCAAAAAAAGUGCAAAUAUUACCAUUCGGCAACGAAAGCGAUAAGGCGCCGCCCCCCUGCAGAGCAAUCAGUUUGUUAGAUGUGGAAAAUGAUAGGCCGCAGCAUGCGUAGCUAAACAUUUGACGUAAUUUCACGUCAGCCUGCUGUAAUCAGUCUUCGCCUACUAUAUUGUAGCUGUUAAAAACGUGCUCGGUUCGGAACACUCGUGACAGUCAAUGCGUCCGUCAUUUGCGGAUUAGUAAUCUUCCGGAAGGCAACAACACCUCAAAAGCUGUCAUAUGUUGUUGGAGAAGCUGAUAACAGGAAUCCUACUUCGAAACAAAUCACAGUCGGUACUAGGCAUGAACGAAUGCUAAAUACGUUGCGUUGGCUGAGCUGUAUUUCAUUAACUUCUACUCGCUGUCAUUGUGAAAUCCUUAUCGGAGUGUUUUUUUACGCUACCAGAGUUGAAGAUUCACGCACAACAGAAAACAGCAUUCGGCGUAGUUCCAUCAACAUGCACGGACAAAGUGAAGGAAGCGGUUUUAAAACGGGGGCCAUCGAUUUCACCGCUGGUUCCUUGGGCGGUGUUGCCCUGGUCUACGUGAGUCAACCGAUGGACACGGUAAAGGUGAAAAUGCAAACUUUUCCAAGCCUGUACAAGAAUAUGGUUGAGUGUACUGUGCGCACAUUCCAACGGGACGGCGUGGUUCGGGGGCUCUACGCGGGGACUCUUCCAGCCAUUAUUGCAAACGUAGCGGAAAACUCAGUGCUUUUUGCAGCCUAUGGAGCCUGUCAAAAAUUGGUCGCUUUCGUCGAACGUAAGCCAACGGUAGGAGAACUGACCAGCCUGGACAAUGCGACGGCCGGUUUUUUGGCAGCAUUUUUCUCAUCGUUCACUCUUUGUCCUACGGAACUGAUCAAAUGUAAACUGCAAGCCAUGCGAGAGGUACAGCAAAAUAAUUUAAAACCGAACGAAGCACUUCCACGAAUUUCACCGUAUCAACUAACCAGGCAAAUCCUUCGCACGGAAGGCAUACCAGGAAUGUUUCGGGGUCUGACGUCGACCUUUGCCCGAGAAAUGCCCGGAUAUUUCUUUUUCUUCGGCGGAUAUGAAGCAUCUCGGGAAUUUUUAGCGAAACCAGGCCAAUCAAAGGACGACAUCGGUGUGUUUAAAACGAUGGUAGCCGGUUCAGUCGGAGGAGUAGCGCUGUGGACAGCAAUCUUUCCGGCCGAUGUCAUCAAAAGCCGAAUACAGGUUCAAAGCUUAACGCUAAGCAUGACUCAGGUUGGCAUCGAUAUCUUCCGGAAAGAAGGUGCCCUAGCACUGUACAAUGGACUGCAGCCGACAAUCGUACGAACCAUUCCGGCAACGGCAGUUCUUUUUGUUGUCUAUGAAUACAGCAAACGAUUUAUGGGGUCCCUGUUUCUUUAGACGUAGCCCCUUCCAUGUGCCUUACAAGUACUUCACUUUUUUGUAAUUAUUGUAUUUAUAAGCUCCAAGAGUUAACUACGAAAACUAGAGAAUAUAAUUUACUUACGAACGUCUAA